AUGGACAUGGACCGGUCGGACUUUUUGAUCAAGCUCUUCGGCUUACUGCUAUGCCUCCUGCCCAUUCUCCAGGCAUGUCCCCAAAACUGUCACUGCCACGGAGGAGACCUCCAGCACGUCAUCUGUGAUAACGUUGGACUGAAAAAGAUUCCUAAGGUAGCUGAGCAGACCAGGCUCCUCAACCUGCAAAGGAACAACUUCCCUGUCCUGCCAACCAAUGGCUUUAGGGAGAUGAAAAAUCUCGUCUCUCUCCAUCUCCAACAUUCCCACAUCAAGGAGAUCUCCAGUGGAGCCUUCCGGGGCCUGAAGCAACUGGUUUACCUUUAUUUGUCCAAUAAUGACAUCAGCAUCAUAAAGCAAGGAGCCUUUGAUGACCUGACAGAACUCACCUACCUCUACCUAGACCACAACAAGAUCUCUGACUUGCCCAAGGGGGUCCUCUCCCCAUUGAUUAACCUUUUCAUCCUGCAGCUGGGGAGCAACAAGCUCCGAGAGUUGAGAGCAGGAGCCUUCCACGGGGCUAAGGAUCUCCGCUGGCUCUAUCUCUCAGAUAAUUCCAUCUCCUCCGUCCACUCUGGGGCUCUGGACGAUGUGGAAAACCUAGCCAUCUUCCACCUGGAUAAGAACCAACUGAGCACCUACCCACUGGCUGCAAUGAACAAGCUCAGGGUGGUGGAGGACCUGAAGCUGUCGCACAACCCCAUGAAGGUCAUCCCAGAUUUUGCCUUCCAGUCUUUUGGGCGCUAUAUGGAGACCCUCAGCCUGGAGAACAUGAACCUUGAAAAGUUUUCAGAUAAAGCAUUUGCUGGUGUAACCACACUGAAGACUGUUCACAUUGAGAACAAUAAACUUCACAGUCUUCCUGGUAACUUCCCAUUCAGCGGCCUUGAGGCACUCACCCUGUCUAACAACCCCUGGCAUUGUUCCUGUCCGCUAGCACCCCUGCGCAGGUGGCUGGAAUCCACUCGCUCACGCCCUGAGGCAGCUUGUGCAUCGCCUUCUGCAGCUCGAGGACAGCAGAUCCGCGACGCUGCCGUACUCCGCAGCUGCAGGCUUCCCACCAAGAGGUCCAAGAAGGGAAGUCGCCAUUAAAAAAGAACAGCUAGUCCAGGUGACUGGCUGCUUUAACCAAUCAGAAAACUACUGACUUCUUCCAAACCCUUCAUCCCCGAGCAGCUCCUUCCUUCCCUCC